GAGGGCGGGGCGUACGAAAGAGGAGCCCGGAGGGUGCGGGGACCUACUGUGAAGUGAGAGGACAUGCCUGCAGCCGUGUGACAAGUCUUUUUAGAGCCUGGACCAUAGGUCUGCAGGGCUCUGCUUAGGCCCAUGAACUUCAGCGGAGCUGACCACUGACCACUCACGGUGGGCAAGGGCCUGAUGUUAGUGGCUCCCACCCUGGAAGGGCAGGCCCUGCACUCCUGCUCCCCACAUGGCACUGCAGCACCUCACCCUCCUGGCUGGCCUUCUGGUGGGAGUUGCCAGCAAGUCCACCGAAAGCAUGCCCCAGGAGCCUGAGUGCUGUGUGGAUGUGGUGGAUGUCAACGCUACCUGCCCAGGCACAAGUCUGUGUGCCCCAGGCUGCUACAGGCACUGGAACGCGGACGGGAGCACCAGCUGCCUCCAGUGCCAGAAUGGAACCACUCUGGCCCACAAUGGCUCUGAGUGCAGAAGCCUUGCUGGCCAGGGCGCGCCAUUCCCCAUGAACAGGAGCACAGGGACCCCUGGGUGGCCACAUUUAGGGGGCCCUCAUGUGGCAGCCUCACUCUUCCUGGGGACGUUCUUCAUCAGUUCGGGCCUGAUCCUCUCUGUGGCUGGGUUCUUCUACCUCAAGCGCUCUAGCAAGCUGCCCAGGGCCUUCUACCGGAGGAGCAAAGCCCCAGCCCUACAGCCUAGUGAAGCUGCUGCGAUGAUCCCCCCACCUCAAUCCUCAGUGCGGAAACCACGCUAUGUCAGGCGCGAGCGGCCCCUGGAUAGGGCUGCAGACCCCACUGCCUUCUCGGUGGAGGCCCGCGUCAGUAAUGUGUGACCCAGAGGCACCUGACUGCAACACCCUGCUCAGCAGACACUGCCGAGACCCUCAGUGGGGAGCCAGCACACAAGGGCCAGCACUGCCCAGGGCUGGAUGGGCCUAGACACAGCCUUCCGCUCUGGGCCCGUCCAGACUGAUGCUGUACGGAAACCUGGUCGCAUGGAGGUCCCUGCUUCCUGCCCACAGCUGCUUGGUUUACAGGUUGGGGGCAGGUGUCUUAUGGGACCUCAGGCUGGGAGUGAGGCCCCCACACCUCAGCCCAGAUGCAGGCCUGAUCCAAGUGGCCAAAACUUGCACAGCCUCAAGGCUGCCAGCUUGCCCAGGGCUAGUCUGUCCCUUUCAACCCUACCCAGGCCUGGUCGUCCCUGAGACCUCUGAGAGGAGGGGCCCGCAUCUUCCAGCUAGUGGGGAGGACACAACCUGGGAACCAGCCACAAGGCAGAGAUGCCUCUGGGCUAUCCUUUUCAUGGCCACAGGUGUGUCCCACCUAUAGUAUGAUACCCUCUGGAGCUGCAGGAUUGCCUUUCCUAGUCUCCCGCUGGCCUCUUUCUGCUUUUAAGGGGGAAAGUCCUCUAGGCUCUGCUGUCCAGUGAUCCCUGUGCCUGGGUCAGUCCUUAUCCCGCAGCUGGUCAAAGUUGGACACCUACAGAAACAUGCCCACCUACAGGCCCUCCCUUCAAACCUCACAGGUCUCAGGCCUUGCUGGAUCUGCGGAGGCCAUAAUGGCUGGGGGCCCAGGCCCUGGGGUUUCCGGCCGGCUGUCUGGCUACCAGGUGCCGUCCUACAAGAUUCUGGGUGGCUGGUGGCUGAGCAAGGAACCUUUGUGGCACCUCCCACACUUGGCUCAGUGCUCUGCUGUGGGUCCCAGGUCCUUGCUCUAUUGGCAUCAUCUUUUUUAUCAUCUGGUCCAUCUGUGAGGGGGCCUAGCUGGGGCCCCAUGUUCUUCUGCACAAUGAGCAGUGGGUCGGGGGUACCCACAUAAAGCCAUGUACACUGGGUUCAGAGCUGCUUCAGGACCCUCUGUUCUGUUUAAGUGCAGGUGGGGGGAAUAAAUUCCCAGCAGGCCUGGGCCCCCACCAUGUGUUGGGGAUAGGGAGACAGGCAGAGUAGAGAAGAGCCCUUGGCAGGUCUGGGACACCCCAUCUGCUCCCUGGUAAGUGGGCCUAAAAGCCAUGAGCACAGGGUACCCCAACCCCUCACAUCCUCUGCUACAGCCCAUUCCCCAAAGCAGCUUCACCUUACUCUAUGGGGCUGCCCCCAAUCUGUCUCCUGACAGUGGGACAACCCCCUACUCAUACCUCAGAUGGGACAGAAUAUGGGUUAUUUUGGGGGGCAUUUCUAUAAACUGACGAGGCCUGGUAGGGGAUGCAGAUAGGAUGUCACAGGGCUUCCUGAGCAGCCCCUGGAGGAGCUGCAAAUGGGUAGUUUGGUGAGAGCAGAGUCCUCUGCUUCCUGGCACCUCUGAGCCCCGCAGUUGCUUCCCAAGCUCAGGGAUAGACAG